AUGGCCGACUCGGGCAACAUCAAAGUCGUGGUGCGAUGUCGUCCAAUGAACUCCCGAGAACGCAAUCGUGGCGCAUCCAACCUCAUCGAAUUCGUCGACGACCAUCAACUCGUUCUCCAACCACCCUCUGACACCGACUCUCGCGAAAGCUCCAAAGCCACCAAGAAAAAAGCUAUGCCCUUCUCCUUCGACCGAGCCUACGACGAAAACACCGAACAAGACACUCUCUUUCAAUUCGUCGGUAUCGAACUUCUCGAACAUGCAUUCAAUGGGUUCAACACCUGUGUCUUCGCCUACGGUCAAACAGGCUCGGGCAAAUCGCAUUCCAUGGUCGGAUAUGCUGAAGCCAAAGGUCUGAUUCCUCUCACCUGUUCUCGUCUCUUUGACGAUAUUCAGGACAAGACGGAUGCGGAUGGAAACCUCAAAAUCAGCGUAGAGGUCAGCUAUAUCGAGAUCUAUAACGAGAAAGUGCGUGACUUGCUUAAUCCAAAGAACAAGGGCAAUCUCAAGGUGCGAGAACAUCCCAGUCUGGGUCCGUACGUCGAGGAUCUAAGUAAGCUGGUCGUCGGCAGUUUUAGGGAUAUCGAGAAUCUGAUGGAUGAAGGAAACAAGGCGAGGACGGUAGCUGCGACUAAUAUGAACGAGACCAGCUCACGAUCGCAUGCUGUGUUCACGCUUGUGCUGACACAAAAGAAGUUCGAUGUUCAGACCAAGCUAGAAGCCGAGAAGGUUUCGAGGAUCUCGCUGGUCGAUUUGGCGGGUUCGGAACGUGCCAAUUCGACGGGUGCAACUGGUGCCCGACUCAAAGAAGGUGCAAAUAUCAACCGCUCCCUCACCACGCUCGGUAAAGUCAUCGCAGCAUUGGCAGCAGCAAGUUCAGCUCCAGAACCAGCGAAGGGUGCAAAGAAGAGCAAAGCUGCCAGUCUCGACAACUUUGUUCCCUACCGUGACUCCGCCUUGACCUGGCUCUUGAAGGACAGUCUGGGAGGAAACUCAAAAACAGCCAUGAUUGCAGCCAUUUCGCCAGCUGACUACGAAGAGACACUCAGUACGCUUCGCUACGCCGAUCAAGCGAAAAAGAUCAAAAACAAAGCCGUCGUCAACGAAGAUCCCAACGCCAAGCUUAUUCGCGAGCUCAAAGAGGAACUCGAGAUGCUCCGCACACGUGUUUCUGGUGGAGGUGGAAUUGAUGGUGAAAGUAACUGGGAUCCUUCAAUACCGCCAGAGAAACAGGUGGUUCGAUAUCAGACCAAGUCGGGCGAGAUCAAAACCGUCACCAAGGCCGAACUUCAAGAACAGCUAGAGCAGAGCGAAAAGAUUAUGAGUAGUUUGAAUGAGAGCUGGGAAGAGAAGUUGACCAAGACGCAAGAAAUCCAGAAAGAGAGGGAGAAGGCAUUGGAAGAGUUAGGUAUUUCAGUGGAUAAGGGGAAUGUGGGGGUUCAUACGCCGAAGAAAUUGCCGCAUCUGGUGAAUCUGAAUGAGGAUCCACUAAUGAGCGAGUGUUUGAUCUAUCAGAUCAAGCCUGGGCAGACGCUGGUGGGGAAUUUGGAGAGUGGGGCGGAUGUGCAUAUCAAGUUGAGCGGGACGAAGAUUCUAGCGAAACACUGCAUGUUCGACCAUCAGGAUGGAGUGGUGACAGUGACAGCGAUGGCGGAUAGUAUGACGAUGGUGAAUGGUAAAAGGCUGGUUCCGGAUGAGCCAAAGAGGUUGAGGUCGGGAUAUAGGGUCAUUUUGGGUGAUUUUCAUGUGUUCAGGUUCAAUCAUCCAGAGGAGGUUAGGAAGGCGAGGGAUCGUGUCCGCUCAACACUUGCGCUUUCGACUGGAGAAGCACACAACGAGACGCUUCAAGAUGGAGACCUACCCGCAACUCGACCCGAUUCUCCAGCAUCGGGUGAUGUCGACUGGACCUAUGCCCGACGCGAGUACGCUAUGGCGAAGCUCAAUGGUCAGAAUAUCAACUUUGACAAUCUCAACGAAGAGGAUCUGGAGAAGCUCUUCGAAGACAUUUCUCGGGCUCGAUCGAAAAAGUCAAUGGGCAGUGUGCUAGGGAGGCCGGAGAGUAGGGCGAGCUUGUUCGAUGACAAUGCGAGCGAGAGUGCCAGUUCGGUGGUUAGACCUUACUCGUAUGGUGCGAUGACGGAUGAUACUAGUAUCGAUCCGUGGAGUCAGGCAGGGAGUGAGAUGGGAUCGAUGCGGUUCGGUGCCGGUACGCCGAUGAAGGAUAAUGGUAGUAGUCCGUUCAGUAAUGCGGCUGCUUCACCGGCGGUGAGUGCUGCUGCUGCUGCGGCUACUCAUCGCGAGGCAGAAUCGUUGAGGGCGAAAGUGAGGGAGUAUGAGGAGAAGUUUACUCGUAUUGCCAAUGGUUCUCCUCGCCCGGGGGGAGAUGGAAUUGUCGAAUACAGCGAUCGCGAAAAAGCGCUGGUUCGGAAAGCGCUUGCGAACUGGAAAGGACACACUCGGGUAUCUAUGGCGGAAGACGCAUUAAGCAAAGCAGUGCUGGUCAAGGAAGCCAACGUGAUCAGCAAAGAACUCAACAAGCGCGUCACCUACCAAUUCACCGUUGUCGACGACUUCCCCCUCGCCGUCCCCACUUCUGGUGUCGAAGCCAUUGCCGGUCUUACUGAGUUUGACGACGUUUCCGACCCGGACCUCGCCGCUUGCACAAAGCCGUGUAUGGGGAUCAAAGUGCUCGACUACGUUCAUUCGACAUGCUACGUCUGGUCGAUGGCAAAGUUCGAGCAGCGUUUAGGUAAGAUGAGGAACCUCUACACUUUCGUGGACAAGCCGGAAUAUUCAAGGCACUUCAACUGGUCGGAUCCGUUUUACGAGGCUCCUCAUCCAACCUACGCCUUUGUAGCGAGUACGUUGGUCCCGUUGGACCCGCUAGCGAGAUGCAUGACGGCGAAAUAUAGAAUGCCGUUAAGGGAUGGACAUACAGGUAAAGAGGUGGGAGCUUGUGGAGUGACGGUGAAGUUUGUUAGUUUGACGCAGGUACCAGUAGGGAGGAAUGGGAAUGGGAAUGGGAAUGGGGGAUUGAUGGCGCCGAGUGGAACGCGCGGGUCUGGGUCUCCGACUCCGUCUACUUCGACUCAUGGCGGUGGUGGUGCUGAGCUACCAGUGGGCCAGAAGUUGGGUUUCCAGGUGCUGGUUGAUUCGGUCUCCGAGAUCUCGAGGGAUGACUUUGCGAGUGUUCAUUUGCAGGUCAAGCUCAGCUCGUUUGCCGGGAACGCGUUGAGCAAGGACGAGAUCUACACCUCUGUUCCGAUCGAUCUUACAAGCGACGAGUCGGUCUCGGAAGUGCGAUUGCGAAGGACGCUCAGCUUCGUACUCACACCCGAAUCGAUCGAGUGGUUGCGAAUUGGUUUUGCUCCAAUCGAGCUCUACGCCAAGCUCAAGCCGCACUAUCUGGUCGGGCUGGAAAAACACGAUAAUGCACGCGAGAAUGAGGGUCAACCUUCCCCCUCCGAGAACUUUGCGCCUUUGCAUGCGAGCAAUGGUGCGGAUUUGGUACGAGGGCCAAAAGCGGCGAUGUCGAACACGAUGAAGGAGCGGCUCUCGGAAAACGAAAUGCGUAGAGAGGAACGACAUCACAUCCUUGCCUCGGUGCAGAUUUGCGAGUUGGACAGCUCUGGAGAGUACAUGCCGGUGCCGGUGCGCUCACAGUCUGCAUUAGAUCCCGGGUCGUUCUUCUUGCGACAAGGGUUGCAGCGCAAAUUGGUGCUGCAUCUGCAUCAUGAUUCUGGCCGGCAAUUUUUGUGGUCGAAAGUAACAAAAAUUCAACUCGGCGACGUUCGUCUCCUCGAUGCACGAGGAAGAGUACACGGUGGGAAAGCAGAAGAUACUAUCCUCCUCAAAGUACCCGCUAAGCAGCAAACUCUCGAAUUUCUUGUGAACGGAACAAGUGAACUCAGUCUAUGGGCUUGGUGGGAUAGCAGUGUUCACGAUUCGCUCCACCUUAACAAGACUACUGCGAGCGGACACAGGGUUUUGAUGCGGUUGACAUUCGAGGUGGAGGUGGAGAGGUGUAUUGGGCCAGUGGAGUUUGGGAUGGAUGUAGCUGUGUCUAUUAAUGCCAGGGAUGCGAAGCCUCCGGGAAGAUUGAUGAGUUUUAUUGAGGGGGCGAGGACGUUGACGAAGACGAGUGGGAUAUUUGGGGUAACGUUGGUUCCCCCGAUGAUGAAGAGGAGUAAGGAGUUGUGGAGGUUGGAUACGGGGAAGAAGUAUGUCAGGGGUCAGGAGGCGUUGAGGGGCUGGAAGGCAAGAGGGGUGAGUUUGGUGGGUGAUCAUGAGGUGUUGAGGAGGGGAGAGGAGAGGAGGGCGGAGGUUGAGGGGGUUAGGGUUGUGUUGAAGGGUCAAUUUGGUGGCUUGGUGGCGGUGGAGAGGGGAGAAGAAGGAAAAGAGGAACUCAUGAUGAGGGUCUUGGAUCUAUGGAAGAGAGCGGUAAGGGAUGCAAAGAUGAGGGUUGAGAUUGCUGAGCAGCCCAGUGCUAACGCCGACUCGAAUGGGUCGUCGGGGGGAAGUAAGCUCUCGACCAUGUUCGAUGACCAACCACCGACUACUGCUGCUGCGGGGUUGGGAUUUGAAAACGUCCCCUCCUCCCCGUCUCCAUCACUCUCACCAGCAAAACUCGACCGCACACUCUCAUCCACAUCCACAACCUCCAACCCUGCAACCCCACCCAAACUCACACCAAUUGUAACGCUCAUCAGCCGCUCCGACAAUGCCACCAAACGAGGAUACCUCCAAAUGCCACCCGAGGCAUUCACAGACCAAUGGGUCAAACGUUGGUUCUCCCUCCGCAGACCCUUCCUUUUCAUCUACGAAUCGAGCGCGGAGACGGAUGAAAUCAUGGCGAUCCACGUUGCGGAAGUGAGGGUGGAACAUGAUGAGAAUAUUGAAAGGAUGUUGGGGAGGGAGAAUGUUUUUGGGGUUUAUACCGCGAAUAAUAGUUACUUUUUGCAGGCGAAGGAUGAGGGCGAGAGGAAGGAGUGGAUGGGUGCGCUUGAUAGUCUUUGGGCGGAACAGGGUGAGGCGGAGGAGUGA